AUGGUAGCAUUAGAAGAUAAUGUGAGAAAAUUGAGUCUCUGUUUUGCUAAUGAUCGAAUUUGUGGUGGUGGUGGUAGUGGUGACAACCUAACCAUUACUCCAAAGGACACACAAUGGGUAGGUGCCUGGUGGCUAGGUUAUUUAAUAGCAGGUACCCUAAGUCUUAUUGCAGCUGUGCCUUUCUGGUUCUUGCCAAAAAGUCUCUUGACUCAAAGAGAUUCACAUCUCAUGAGACUUGAAAGCAGAAAAGAUUCCAUUUCUUCUUCUGAAAAAUCAAAGUUUAUUGUUGAAAAUUCUAAGGAAUAUCACAUACACUAUCAAGAGAAAGUGACAAUGCUAGAAAUGGCAAGAGAUUUUCUGCCUUCAUUGAAGAGGCUUUUUGGAAAUCCCGUAUACUUUUUAUACUUGUGUGCAAGUACUUUUCAAUUUAAUUCUUUAUUUGGAAUGGUCACAUAUAAGCCCAAGUAUAUUGAGCAACAAUAUGGACAAUCAUCUUCGAAGACGAAUUUUGUUAUAGGACUUAUCAACAUUCCUGCAGUAGCCUUUGGGAUGUUCUCUGGAGGUCUAGUUAUGAAAAAAUUCAGGAUCACUGUAUUUGGAGCUUCAAAACUCUACCUGGGAUCUUUAUUUUUUGGUUACCUCCUACUGCUUUCCCUCUUUGCAAUGGGCUGUGAUAAUUCUGAUGUUGCUGGCCUAAGUAUCUCCUACCAAGGAACCAGGCAAGUCUCUUAUUAUGAACAAGCUCUCCUUUCAGAGUGCAAUUCAGGAUGUACGUGUUCCAAAACAGAAUGGGAUCCUAUCUGUGGAGAAAAUGGAAUCACCUAUGUUUCUGCUUGUCUCGCUGGUUGCCAAAGUUCCACUGGAAGUGGGAAAAACACUAUAUUUUACAAUUGCACCUGUAUAGGAGUUACAGAAUCUAAAUCGGGAAAUUCCUCAGGAAUAGUGGGCAGAUGUCAAAAAGGAAAUGAUUGUUCAAAAAUGUUUCUAUAUUUCCUGGUAAUAUCAGUCAUCACUUCAUAUACUUUAUCUGUAGGUGGCAUACCUGGGUAUAUAUUGCUUCUGAGGUCUAUUAAACCACAUUUUAAGUCUUUUGCUCUGGGUAUCUACACUUUAGCAAUAAGGGUCUUUGCUGGAAUCCCAGCUCCAAUAUACUUUGGAGUGUUGAUAGAUACAACAUGUCUUAAAUGGGGAAUUAAAAAAUGUGGAUAUCAAGGAGCCUGCAGAUUAUAUGACUCUUAUACCUUUAGAUACAUAUAUCUGGGCUUAACCAUGUUACUAGGCACCAUGUCUACUUUCCUGAGUAUUGCAAUGCUUUUUGUUUUAAAGAGGAGAUCUGUUUCUGAAAAUGGACACCUUGAAAACAGUAAAGAAGAUGCAAUGGAAUCUAUAAGUAGUAAGAAAGAACAUCUUCCUCACAAUGACCAUAUUUUUGAGACUUUCUAUUGGCCAGGCAAGGAAACACAACUUUAG